GCGUCAACAUCGGAGGCUUUCCUGAUUUGACAAACCCUGGAACCCACCACGCACGGACCCACUAUAUGGCAAGUUCUCUCCGUUCCUAGCGCACCAUCAUCUGCACCUGCCUACUCCGUUGUCGUGGUGGAGAGCGCUGGGAGGGGUCAGUAUUUCGCAGGCGGGCGUAGGAAGAAGAGGCAUUUCCAAGACCCCGACGGCAGCGUGUAGCCUCACAUUCAGCACCACACGGUUGAGGAAAGCGUCCGGAUAGAGUCGACCUGUCCCUGCUCGCCGUGGGUUAACCGCACAAGAGGACACCAUUUUUUGGGGGAGGGUAGGGGGGGGAAUACUCAGUGAAACCAGGCGCUGCACACAGUUCGUGGACCUGCAAGAGGUGUCAUCUCCAACGGUUAAAGAGACCAUGACGACCGCCACCUCCCCCAUCCUGUUGAAAUGGGACCCGAAGAGCCUUGAAAUCCGCACGCUGACGGUGGAGCGGCUUCUGGAGCCCCUCGUCACGCAGGUCACCACCCUGGUGAACACCAGCAACAAAGGGCCAUCGAGUAAGAAGAAGGGGCGCUCCAAGAAGGCCCACGUCCUCGCGGUGUCCGUCGAGCAGGCCACCCAGAACUUUUUGGAAAAGGGUGAGCAGAUCGCCAAGGACAGCCAGGACCUCAAAGAAGAGCUCAUUUUGGCUGUUGAGGAUGUUCGGAAGCAAGGAGAGACGAUGCGCAUCGCCUCGUCAGAGUUCGCCGAUGACCCGUGUUCCUCCGUGAAGCGUGGCACCAUGGUGAGGGCCGCCCGGGCCCUGCUCUCCGCUGUCACCCGCCUGCUCAUCCUCGCCGACAUGGCCGACGUCAUGAGGCUGCUGGCCCACCUCAAAAUUGUGGAGGAGGCCUUGGAGGGAGUAAAGAAUGCGACCAAUGAGCAGGACCUGGCAAACCGCUUCAAGGAGUUUGGGAAGGAGAUGGUGAAGCUGAACUAUGUGGCAGCUCGGAGGCAGCAGGAGCUGAAAGACCCCCAGUGUCGGGAUGAGAUGGCGGCCGCACGCGGCGCCCUUAAGAAAAACGCCACCAUGCUGUACACGGCCUCACAGGCCUUCCUGCGCCACCCAGACGUGGCGGCCACACGGGCCAAUCGGGACUACGUGUUCAAGCAGGUUCAGGAGGCCAUUGGAGGCAUUUCCAGUGCUGCUCAGGCCACCUCACCCACCGACGAGAAGCACGGCCACGCCGGCAUUGGAGAGCUGGCCGCUGCCCUCAACGAAUUUGAUAACAAGAUCAUUCUGGACCCUCUGACAUUCAGCGAGGCUCGUUUCCGUCCCUCUCUGGAGGAGCGCCUGGAGAGCAUCAUAAGUGGUGCCGCGCUGAUGGCGGACUCCUCGUGCACCCGCGACGACCGCCGCGAGCGCAUCGUGGCGGAGUGCAACGCCGUCCGACAGGCCCUGCAAGACCUGUUGAGCGAGUACAUGAACAAUACUGGCAGGAAAGAGAAAGGUGACCCGUUGAACUCCGCCAUCGAUAAGAUGACCAAAAAGACCAGGGACCUGCGCAGACAGUUGAGAAAGGCAGUGAUGGACCACAUCUCAGACUCCUUCCUGGAGACCAACGUCCCUCUGUUGGUGCUUAUUGAAGCGGCUAAAAGUGGAAAUGAGAAGGAGGUCAAGGAGUACGCCCAGGUGUUCCGUGAACAUGCCAACAAGCUGGUGGAGGUGGCCAACCUGGCUUGCUCUAUCUCCAACAAUGAAGAGGGUGUGAAGUUGGUUCGAAUGGCUGCCACCCAAAUCGACAGCCUAUGUCCUCAGGUUAUCAACGCAGCGCUCACUCUGGCUGCCCGUCCCCAAAGCAAGGUUGCCCAGGACAACAUGGACGUUUUCAAGGAUCAGUGGGAGAAGCAGGUGCGCAUCCUGACCGAGGCUGUGGAUGACAUCACCUCUGUGGACGAUUUCCUUUCUGUGUCAGAGAACCACAUCCUUGAGGACGUCAACAAAUGCGUAAUUGCUCUGCAAGAGGGAGACGUGGACACCCUCGACCGAACUGCCGGGGCUAUCCGCGGCCGAGCUGCUCGCGUGGUCCACAUCAUUAACGCUGAGAUGGAAAACUACGAACCUGGGGUCUACACUGAGCGUGUGCUGGAGUCCAUCAAGCUCCUGUCCGAGACUGUCAUGCCCCGUUUUGCUGAACAAGUGGAGGUUGCCAUUGAAGCGCUGAGUACGAACCCUCCACAGGCCUUUGAGGAGAAUGAGUUCAUCGAUGCGUCCCGUUUGGUCUACGACGGGGUCCGUGACAUCAGGAAAGCUGUCCUGAUGAUAAGGACACCAGAGGAGCUGGAGGAUGACUCUGACUUUGAACAGGAGGACUACGACACUCGCAGCAGGACCAGCGUACAGACUGAAGAUGACCAGCUCAUUGCUGGACAGAGUGCUCGAGCUAUCAUGGCACAGCUUCCCCAGGAGGAGAAGGCAAAGAUUGCUGAGCAGGUGGAGAGCUUCAGACAGGAGAAGUGCAAGCUGGAUGCAGAAGUGGCCAAGUGGGAUGACAAUGGCAAUGACAUCAUUGUGCUGGCCAAGCAGAUGUGUAUGAUCAUGAUGGAGAUGACGGACUUCACCAGAGGCAAAGGCCCCCUGAAGAACUCCUCAGAUGUGAUCAACGCGGCUAAGAAGAUUGCAGAGGCCGGUUCCAGGAUGGACAAAUUGGCCCGUGCAGUUGCAGAUCAGUGCCCCGAUUCGGCGUGCAAACAGGAUCUGCUGGCCUACCUGCAGAGAAUCGCCCUGUACUGUCACCAGCUCAACAUUUGCAGCAAGGUGAAGGCAGAGGUUCAGAAUCUGGGUGGAGAGCUCAUCGUGUCCGGGCUGGACAGCGCCACUUCCCUGAUCCAAGCCGCCAAGAACCUCAUGAACGCAGUGGUGCUGACCGUGAAGGCGUCCUACGUGGCCUCCACCAAGUACCAGAAGGUGUACGGCACAGCGGCCGUCAACUCACCCGUGGUGUCCUGGCGCAUGAAGGCCCCCGAGAAGAAGCCUCUGGUGAAGAGGGAGAAGCCCGAGGAGUGCCAGACGCGCGUUAGGCGAGGCUCCCAGAAGAAACACAUCUCCCCCGUCCAGGCCCUCAGCGAAUUCAAGGCCAUGGACUCGUUCUAAGCAACAACAAAAAAAAAGAAA